GUUCAUAAAAUUCUAAUUCAUAUUCUCAUAUGAAUGGCAACACCAUUAAAGCAAAUCUAAUUCACCAACCUAAGAUUGAUUAACUCAGAUUAGCCAUAGCUAAUACUUUGAUUUAAUUAUUUCAAGUUAUUAAAGGGACACUGAAUUUAAUAUAGUACAAUCAAACCAUGUAUAGUAAUUUAAUAUCACGAAAAACAAACAAUAACAUUAAUAGAACAACAACAUUAAUGGAAAAUAAUGGAUUACAGAUACAUGAAUAGAUAAUGUUAAUGAAUGAUAACAGUUCAGAAUAUACAAGUGAAGUGAGAGUUAUGCUAAAAUAUGACCACAAAUCUUGCAAGCAUCAAGACACUAUAAUAUCUUCAACCAUCUGAGUACGAUUAUUAUUAUUAUAAAAUAAAUAAUACUAAUCAUUAAUGGGAAAAUUUUAAGUAAUUUUCUUAUCAGAAUAAAUUAAAAUUAUAGAGUUGAAAGAUCUUAAACAAAUAUUCAGAACUUAUGAUAACAUAUAGGUAAUGAAAACUUGUCUCAGACCAUUCUUUUAAUUUAAUACAAGCUAUAAUUAUAUAAAUUCCAGCUGAUAAGAAAACAAAUAACUAGGGGAGCUGAGCAAGACUUAAGAUUUUGGAAAACUACAGAACUAACUUGGUAUUAAAUAUUUCAACAAUUAUUUUAGUUUCUGAUAUGAUAUAAUAGACAACUGGGAAGCAGAAGAAAAUAGAAUUUGACUUGGAGUGCAUUAUUGAAGAGUCUAAGAAAAAUGUCAUGUAUUAUACAUCUACAAAGAUUUUAAUGUUAAAAAAAAAAAAAAAUCUCUAAUGAAUAAUAUGGACAAAAUCUACAACAAGGAUAUAACUAGACAGGUGAAUGAAUGGACUCAUAAAAUUCGAAAGGAAGGCUAUCAACUUGAUCGUCAAAUUAGAAGUAUUCAAAGGGAAGAAGAAAAAGUGAAACGAUCUUUAAGAGAAGCAGCUAAGAAAGGCGACAAAGCUGUAUGUACAAUUCUAGCUAAAGAAAUUUUAGGAGCUCGCAAAGCCAUCAGCAAAAUUCAUACAUCAAAAGCUCAUUUGAACUCAAUUCAAAUGCAAAUGAAAAAUCAACUAGCUACACUUCGUGUUUGUGGUGCCUUGCAAAAGUCUACAGAAGUCAUGCAGUCCAUGCAAAGACUGAUUAAGGUUCCUGAAGUAGCUGCCACUAUGAGGGAGCUGUCAAAAGAAAUGAUGAGGGCUGGAAUAAUUGAAGAAAUGCUCGAGGAGACUAUGGACACAAUUGAAGAUCCAGAAGAAAUGGAAGAACAAGCUCAGGAAGAAAUUGAUAAGGUUCUCUGGGAAAUAACUCAAGGAACACUUGGGAAAGCCCCAGCUGCUGUCACAGAAACCCCUGGUGCUUCUGCGGUUGUUGCUGAACCUACUGUUGAAGAAGAUCCAGAAGAACUAAUGGAAAUGCAAAGUCGAUUAGAAGCACUCAGAAGCUAAAGGAGCAUUGUUUCUCAAUUAAAUAAACAACAUUGCCUUAUUCUACCAUGAUAGCCUAGACAUUGCACGGCUUAUGAUAACUGAUCAGAAUUGGCUUUUAGAUAGCAGAAUCCACAAUAUUGAUUUUCUAUUACAUUGUAAAUAUUUAAAUUAUUCGUUCUUAAUUACAGAUAUCGUAGUUACAAUAUACACUUGUACAUAAAUUGUCUAAUAUAUACAUUAGAUUGAUAAUAAUAUUAAUAAUUCAUGUUUAAUAUGUUAAAGAUAUUUAUUUUCUGUAUAUAACAUUGGAUUUUAUUGUCUAAUUUUAUAUAAUUUUAAGUAUUAUCUACUUAACUUGUGUUUCUGUAGGUAUUGUUUUGUUGAGCUGAAAGUAUUAAAAAUUAUAACUAAUUUCGUAAGAUAAAGUUUGAAUUUCAUAAGUAAUUAAAUUAAAACAUUAUUUAUAAUUGUCUGAUGUUAGUGGUGUAGUAUAUAGUCAUUUUUAUUAUUUAAAUUUUUGAUUAGUUUGAUUAAUGUGAUUAAUGUAAUAUACUGUUAUUAUUUUUAAGAACAACUUUAGUUGAACAAUGAGCACCAUGUUCCAGUUUGAUUUUUUUUUUUAACUAUUGAUAAUUUUAUUAUUAUUAUUUUUAAGAAUUUUUUUGUUGUUUAUAAGUAAAAGUUUGUUGGUUAAUGAUGGUAAUUAAUAAUGAUUUUGGUAAACAAAAUCAAUUAAUAACUGUUAUUUUGUGCGAUUAUUGUACUUAUAACUAAUGUUAAUUUCUUUGUGCUAAUGUAUUAACUUUUUAGAAAUUAUUUUUAUGGUAAAUAUAUAUAUUUAAUACUUCCUAUUUGUUUACAAAUAUAAUUAGUUUUCACUUAUUUUGUUUCCUUGUUCUUAACAAAACAGCUAAUGUCAAUGAUAUUCUAAUGAUUUCAUUUCCUUAUAUUUGAGACCUAUCUAUUAAAGCUUAAAACUA